UUUAUGACGUCAUUUGAUAUCUAAAAAGAGGAUCUUUGGUCGCUUUCACUUUGCGCGAAGCAAGUAUCGUACAAGAAGACACCCCUUGCUAGCUGUUGUUGCUACUAGGUAGAAUACUAAUACAGUAUAACAUGGUAGAAAUAUCAGAAGUAGUAGUAGAUCCAGUGCUGGUGCAAGUUGUGGCACAGUUUCCGCCACGAGCCGAUGCCAUUAUCACGCUGGUAGCGUCGGAUGAUUAUCUUCCAGGCGCCCAGACGCUGCUGUAUUCGGUGCAAAAGAAUCUGCGCAAGAAUGUCCCAUAUCCUCCUGAAUUGGUGGUAUUGGUCACUCCCGAAGUGUCUCCCGAGACACGACGAGCACUUUGGCCCGCAUUGUGUACCCGCAUUACCGAAGUGUCCGUGAUUGGACUACCGCAAGGAGGCAUCAACAAAUCGAUUGGGACCAACCAGAACAGUACUCCCUUUGACAAUGAUUGUCCCGGCUUGACCAAAUUACACGCGUUCUCGUUGGUCGUCUACGAUACCAUUGUCUUUUUGGAACCCGACUGUCUCGUCUUGGACGACCUCUAUCCCCUCAUACAAAAGGGAAAAGUCUAUACCGAAUCGGAAGCAUUGGUGGCGGCUGCACCCGACUUGUUUCCACCCGACAAGUUCAACAGUGGUGUCAUGGUCAUUCGACCCAAUUCAGAGACCUUUGACAAUAUGAUGGCACAAAAGUCAUUGCUCACCAAUUACGCCAACAACGAUACGGGAUUCUUGAAUGCCUACUAUUCCGAAUGGUUCACCCAAAUGGCGCCGUUAGCGAGAUUGCCCUUUACGUACAAUGCCCAACGCGCACUUUACGACAUGACUUAUCCCCAGGGACAUUUCAAUUACUGGGAUAUUGCUGUAGCACCCGAUCUCAAAGUAUUGCAUUACUCGGGAUACCCCAAACCGUGGGAAGAUUCCAAACCAGCCAAUGGCGGCAGCGCAAAGAAAGCCCGCACAGGGGAUACCUUGACGGAUCUCUGGCGUCAAUGGCAUCAAAAGAGCCACAACUAUUGCGUCCGAUAUCACAAGGAACGGGAAAAGGAAGCGGUGUGGCGGGCCAGUGCCGAAACGCGACAAAAACAACUCGAACAGCAACAACAACACUUGCCAAAACAACAGAAUCCCAAACAAGUGCACAAACUCGUAUCGAAACGAUUCAAGGAAUUGCGCCAAGAGGGACACGAUACCAAGGAUGCCAUGGCCAUGGCACGGGCAGAACAUGGAUUGAGCGAUGAACAAUUAGAACCGGCAUCGGUGGGAGCCCAAGUGGCGUCCAUGUUUGGGGUCAUGAUGUAAUGAUAGUAUGAUACUAUAGAUAUCUAGCUAGAUUUGUUGUCACGAUCG